AUGUUUGCAGCCAAAUCAUUUUCCAACAACCUCUUCUUGAAGAAAGGGCUUCACUCUCUAAAGAUAGAGGUGUGCGCAAGCGUGAUGGAGCAUGUUAGCGCCUUUAAUAGGUGUAUUACUGACUUGCAACAGAUGGAUGAGGUUUAUAAGUUGAAAGACAAGGUUGUGAUGUUAUUGACAUCCCUACCACCGUCUUAUAAAUACUUCCGCAUGAAGCUUAUGUUCGGGAAGGGAACCCUGAAGUAUGAAUAUGUCAUGCAAGACAUCCUGAUGCAUGACAAAAUGGUUCAACGUUCUGGAGGUGCCUCUCAAGGUGAAGGUCUUGUAGCAAAGUCUGGAGAGAGAGGUCAAUCGAGCAAGCUCGAAGGCAAGAAGAGCAAUAGGGGAUGA